UUGAAUAGAUAACAUUAAAAAAUGAGUCUUAUGAGACAAAAUCAAGGCACAGAAAUGGCAGAAAGCUUAUGAUCUAAAGGGAGCAAUAAAAGUUUAUUAUCGACAAAAAGACCUCAAAUAUCAGCAAUUCCUAGUAAAAUCAAUAAGAAUUUGGCAAAGAAUUUCCCUGAAGGAUUCUUUUGAAAUAAAUAAAAGAGAAUAUUCACAUAAUCCGACACAUUUAAAGACAAAUAGAUCUGCCCAUAAAGAGAUUUCAAGGGAAAAUCCUUGCUUGGCCAAAAACCUGGUCAAUUAUCAAAAGAAUAAAAGAAGAAUUUCUGGCAAAGUUCCUGUGAUAGGGAAAUAAGAGCAUAUCUAUUGUGAAUAAUCGUGGAUCUCCUCACCAAGAUAAUAAGGAAGAUCACCAUUGCAUUAAAAAGAUUGAUAUACAAAUGAAAGGCAAUCCAGCCACACAGGAUGGAAAUUAUUACGCUCAUGAAGAGAAGGGGAGUAACUCUGCAAGGAUGAGAGUCCCAACUAAUGUCCUCUCUCAAAAUAUGAGGAAUAGAGCUGAAUCAAGUGAUAGACAGGAUGAAAAUCAACAUAACCCAUUUCAGAUUUCUCAUGCGAAUAAUGGUACGGUUGGAACAAAAAGUAAUCUAAUGAUGAAGAAAUCUAAAUCAAAUCUCUUUGAUAAAAGAGGAGCGCAGAUCAAGCAAAAUGCUGAGCUCCUGCUAGCAAUGAAGAUUUGUAAGCCUUCCCUGAACUUUGGGCAAACUCGAAGGCAAGGUAGCAAUUCUCUCAGUAACCAUUAUAACUUGGCUUCUACAAAGAAUGAGGGGUUUAAACUUCCUGUUUUGAACAAAAGAUUAAGAAGUGAUCACAAAAAGAGAGCGUAUUCAGAAUCAUCAAAGACGACUGGUAACGUCCAUAGCGUCAUCAAUAACAAAGAUGACAUCGUUGGUUCGUUGAAGUACAACUACCUUGUCGGACAAACGGCUCACCAGGAUUCGCAAAAGGAUAUCCCUUUGUUUAGUAGAGCUUUUAAGCCUACACAUAGAAGCAAUAGUGAAAAUAGGAUGCGUCACCUCCGCAAGAGGAACGUAAGUUUCAAGAAAGCUCUUAACGGUGAUCCUGAUUUAUGAAAGCAGAUUAAUUUCGAUAAGUGAAAGUCUGAGAAGAAACCUAAAUCUGGCUUACAACUGAACAGAAAGGAACUUAUGAACACAAGGACUUUAUGCAUGGAUAUCUUUACAAACACUAAUAGAGAGUCAGGAAAUUUGGCUACUCACAAGAGUGGGUUGGGGGUCUUGACUAAGAACCAAGCUUCCCCAUCAUUUAGUAGCGAGAAAAUAUGCGAUAAUACUAAGGAGCUGACUUCGUAUAAUGAUGAAGUAGACUCUAAGUAUAACUGUACUUUCUUUCCCAAAGAAAAUGAGAGUAACUCAGAGAAAAUGUUUAAACAGGAUCAAACAAAUGGCUUCGAGGGUUUACAAAGCAGCAAGAGAGAGCUGGACCAGGUAUAUCCUGGAAGUUCAUCAGUGGCACCUAGCCUGAGCAUUCCUAGUGUUUGUACUGAAGAUAUGAAGGAGAAUGAAUCUUCAUAUAACCCGUUCGAAAUUGUCAGCAAUCCUAAAGUCAAGAUGAAUAAGCAUCGUGAUUUUAUGAAUAACAAAAGUAAAUCGGAUCUUUGAAUGACAGGAGGAUUCUUAAGCAAAGUCAAGGACUCAGUUGAUCAGUUGCCUCACAGGCAUAGUGAGGUCAAGAGAUACAACCAUAAUUACUCAAAAGUAAACUACGCAAGUGACGCCAAUUCAUUAAAAUCCGAAGAACUAGCGACAUCGAAGUGUUCAGCCGAGAGCAGGACUAACAAAGAAGGAUCUACAUACAUUGAGAACUCAAGUUUCUCGAACAAGCAAUCACAACCACAUAGAUUUUCUAAUUUGAAGGACUCUUUUAAAGACUCUUUGGGAGAAUUAACUCCCACCUUCAUGGAAGAUUGAGGGAACCCCUUCAGUCCUCAAAGCUGGAAGCCAUAAAAUUAUAACUAAUUCAAUAUUAAUAGUA